AGCAUGUCAAACACGCGUCACGGUAGUGGGCCCAGUAAUCUGACGUAUCGCACGCUCUUCGUACAACAGGUGUUGGAGUGGAUUCCAUUCCUUUGCAAUACCGUGGUUUCUAUCAAAAGACACAAAAGCCGCUGGUAUGUUGGAGAGGAGAAAGCGGUUUUUCGAAACGAGUACCUUGCUGCCAAAAUUUCGCCUCCGGUUUUUGAAACCUCCCAUCUCUGCUUGUCUGUUUAUAUAAAUCUCUACUGCCACUCCUCUUUCCACAUCCAAAUACCCAACAAUCCACCCCUAAAAAAUUCCAUUCUUUUCAAACCCAAGAAGCAGCACCAGCACAGGACAGAGAUGAGUUCGACGAGCAGAGCAUGGAUCGUCGCUGUAAGCGUUGGAGCGGUUGAAGCACUGAAAGAUCAAGGUAUUUGUAGAUGGAAUUAUGCUUUCAGAUCUUUACAUCAGCAAGCAAAGAAGAGCAUCGGAUCGUAUGCACAGGCCAAGAGACUCUCUCCUUCUCUUGAUUCCUCUCUUGUAACAAAGAGAAGAGAUGGAGUUGAGAAAACGAAGCAGUCGGAAGAGUCACUGAGGAAAGUAAUGUAUUUGAGCUGUUGGGGACCUAACUGAAACUAAAGAAGAAAGAGGAAAACAGAGAAAUCAUGAGCGAGAAUCCCACAACGGGGAUCCUAAAAGUUGAAUUUUUUGUAUAGAAGUUGUAUUUUUGUCCAGUGAUUUAUACUUAUGUCUAUUCGGCGAA